ACUCCGGCCCGUGUCCCCCUCUUUAUUGUAAAUGCGUCCCAGAGCCGCCGGGAUCUUCUGGAGCUUGGUUUGGUCAUUUGUUUUGAAGCGCCUUUGUGCUUGUCUCAAUACACCCCUUCCCCGCUCGGUCGUAGCACAUAAAAGCACCUUUGGCUUUUUUAACGUCACACAUAAGCUGCGUUGAUACCCGGAGCUGCGGGGCUCCGGGGCUGGCAGAGCAUUGCCAGCCUUCCUUCCUUCUUGCUCCACCCAGUCUGUCCUCAUCUCAUCCCUCGACUGCUCCCAUUUGCAGGUGCAUGUGCUGUCGCUCACCUGAGGGCAUUGGGUGUCUGGGGAAGUGCUUAUCUCUGUGCCACGGGGCCUUUCUGUGCUGCAGGAGCUGUAUGGAUGGCGCUCUCUAGGCAGGCUCCAGCCCUAACACAAACCACGUCCUGUAGCCCACAGUGUCACUGAAUGUUCCCUCUUUGUGUCCAUCUGCAGGAACGGGGAUCCUGUCGUCACAGCCGGAGGAGAACCCCCACUGGUGGAACGCCAACAUGGUAUUCAUCCCGUAUUGCUCAAGUGAUGUUUGGAGUGGUGCCUCUUCCAAGUCUGAGAAAAAUGAAUAUGCCUUCAUGGGAGCGCUGAUCAUCCAGGAGGUCAUCAAGGAGCUCGUGGGAAAAGGUCUUAGCACUGCAAAAGUGCUGCUGCUGGCAGGGAGCAGUGCUGGAGGAACAGGAGUGCUGCUGAACGUGGAUCGUGUGGCAGAGCAGCUGGAGGAGAUGGGGUACCAAGGGAUCCAGGUGCGCGGCUUAGCAGACUCCGGGUGGUUCCUGGAUAACAAGCAGUACCGCAGAACUGACUGUAUCGACACCAUCACGUGUGCUCCAACAGAAGCCAUCAGAAGAGGAAUAAGGUAUUGGAAUGGUAUUGUUCCUGAACGCUGUAAGCUGCAGUUUAAAGAGGGAGAAGAAUGGAAUUGUUUUUUUGGGUAUAAGAUUUACCCCACUCUUCGAUGUCCGGUCUUUGUUGUCCAGUGGCUGUUUGAUGAGGCCCAGCUUACUGUAGACAAUGUACACCUCACUGGCCAGCCUGUUCAGGAGGGGCAGUGGCUCUACAUCCAGAAUCUGGGUAGGGAGCUGAGGAACACCUUGAAGGACGUGACUGCUAGCUUUGCUCCUGCCUGUUUGUCUCACGAGAUCAUUACACGCAACCAUUGGACGGACAUCCAGGUGAAGGGGACAUCAUUACCCCGCGCCCUGCACUGUUGGGAUCGGAGCCUACAUGAGAGCAACAAAAAUGGGAAGGCCCCUCUGAAAGGUUGCCCAAUUCAUCUGAUUGACAGCUGUCCAUGGCCCCACUGCAACCCCUCAUGCCCCACUAUCAGGGACCAGUUCACAGGGCAGGAGAUGAACGUGAUCCAGUUCCUCAUGCACAUGGGUUUUGAUGUGCAGAAGAUGGCACAGCAACAGGGCCUGGAGCCCAGUAAACUCCUGGGGAUGCUCAGCAGUGGUAACUAGGAGGGGAUCUUCCCAGGGGCAGAGAGAUUAGAUCAGGAGGAGACUCGGAGCCCUUCUCCCACACACUCUAAUCUUCCUUACGCUCAUGCAGGCUGGUGCACGCUCACCCCCAUGCAGGCUGAAACCUGCACACCCCCAUAUGCUCCCACACUCUUGCACACUUUGGAUGUGUUAAGAAAAAAAAAAAAAAGCAAUUUCUUGCUUACACUGUUUGACUGGAACGUGUUACCUCCAAACUCCAGGGCUCGGUCUUGGCCAUUCACAUCCUCUUCUGUGUUACACAAGGCAAUCUGACACAGCGAGUAGAGAAGCCAUAAAUAUAGCACGAUGAGAACCUUCCCCAGAUCUAGGACUUUCUCCCUUGCCAUGAAUUUGACAUCAUAAACUCGUACAAGUGGUGAAAAAAGCAAGCACUGGAUUUCUUUUGUCCAACUAGAAGUGAAGAAAUGAUUACAUGACUUCCUGGAGGCCAGCAUCUCAUCAUGUAUCGCAGUGCACAAACCAAGGACACGUGCUAGGAAUGGACACUCUUGUAAUCAACUUACUUUUGUCUUAUUUUAUAAAAUGACUUUUUUAUUACUUUUUUAAAACUAAGCAAGAAAUAUAAAUGAUAUUGUUUUGUAACAUAUUUUUUUUAAAUAACGAAGAAACCUCUUGCUACUUUGGCAAUGUGGACAUAUUUAUUUUAAUAUGUAAAAUGCUAUUUAUAAGAGCUGACCAGAGAACCAUUCAUAUGUCUGUAAAGUUGUAUAUGCUGCUCAUUUGGAUGGGAUUUCCUUACAAUCACUGUGCCUGGCGGUGGGCUGAGAGUGGUGUUGUCAUUUUAUAAUAAUGAGACUCUGGUGUUCCCCUCGCA